GUCACCUGCGCGAGGGUCAAAAGAGAGAGAGAGAGAGAGAGAGAGAGAGAGAGAGAGAGAGGGGAGGGCAGGACGGACCGUAUGCAAAACAUUAUAAAGGACAUUAGUCACAGGAAGUUUUGGGAAGAUCUGGCACGGCGCACCGGAUCGACUCGAUUUUGAUCGAUUUUUGGUCCGCGUGCUCCUCCUGCCCGCGCGCUAUAAAACGCAGCGCGCACCGGAGUUUUGGUGAGGAAGACGCAGCGGGAAUCGGGAGCGCAGUGCAAACACACACUAACACAUACACACUCUAACACACUGAAACACUAACACACUCUCACACAUUGAGAAAGGCGCACUCACCGCUCGUUUACGCACAUGUGGAGGAUACCGCCCGGUGAAGAAAGGCCACAGAAACAGAGAGAUUUCCACUUCUGAAGAAAAAAGACAGAGAAACUGAGAGACUGAGAGACUCUUUACUGAGUUAAAUAAAAGGAGAGGAGGCGUUUCUUUCUGCGCUGCAUCAUGAAAUUACUCUUACCGGUCGUAGUUUUUUGUUUCCUCGCUUUGUCUCAAGUUUUUGGGGAGGAAUUUGGUCCAAAAGACGACCUCGAUUACUGGACAAAUGGCAACCAAAUACAGGACGAGUGGCUUCAGGCUGAUCCCUUCAGAGAGCUCCUGAGACGGAUGACGAGAAAACCUCGACCACACCAGUUCAUCGGCCUAAUGGGGAAGCGCUCCUCCGCUAAUGCACAGAUUACAAGAAAAAGGCAUAAAAUUAACUCAUUUGUGGGUUUAAUGGGAAAGAGGAGCCAGGAGGAACCAGAAUCAUACGAAUGGGCCACGCUACAGAACUAUGAAGAACGGCGCUAACACACAAAGCAAGCUCCAGCUUGUCUGCUUUUGACGUUCUUCAUGCUCAACACUGUGGAGAAUUCACAUCUCAUGGCUUUUUUUUUAAAGGAAAUCUUAUUUAGGUGUUUUUUGUUCAAUAAAAAACUUUCUGUUUUCACCUCGUGGUGAUGUAGCAGUACCUGUGCCAAUUUAUGUUUGUAGUAAGAAGGAAACAAAUAUUUUUACACUUUCCAACUGUGAUCAGAUAUGUUACUUCAGUCAAUGUCAGUCCGUGUCCUUAAGACAGCCGUACCAUUAAAGUGGAGCUCAGCCUGUGGGGUUUAUGAGAAACUUGCACUGCCAACCUCUCAGCAUCGUGCCUCAUGUUUGAAAUCACUACCGAUUGUUCUGUAAAUACAUUUUAAACUUGACACCCUGAACAUAUCCUGUCUAAAUGAUAUUCAAUGUGACUGUGGCAUAAAUAUUAAAAUUAUUUUCCUUAUUGGUGGAA